AGUGAUUUUUUUGUUAGGAAAUUGAAUUUUAUCAAUAUAUGAGUUUACUUCUAAGAAAAAGUCAUUGAUCGGCUAUAAAGAUUAUCAUCUCUUCAUUUUGUAUUAUUGCUUUCUCCUUUAACAGUUGACUUCAGAUCCAUGGCAUCCUUGUUUUCUCUUUCGUUUUUCUUAAAAUUAGUCUCAGGCGAGGUGUUCAUCCAUUGUUUGGAAGACGACCUCCAUGAAAAUUUCGUUUCUCAUCUGAUGUCUGGCCUUUUACAAGCUGGAGUAGAACCUUCUCUGGUUGCCGUGGGAGUGCUGUCAGAGAAAUUUAUGCCAUCAAUUACAAGGUUUCAGAUUGGAAUAGUUGUUUUCACCAAAGCAUACAUUGAAUCUUCUCGGUGUGUUGAAGACCUUCUGAGAAUCAUUGAAUGUCACGAAACAUACGGUCUAAUGAUUAUUCCUGUGUUUUACGAUACUGACCAAUCCUUCCUUGUCCGUGUUUCGGAAGAGAAUUUUAGAAAUGCGAGGAGAGCACAGAGGAGGGCCGAGGCCCAGGCGAAGAUUCGUAUCACGGCAGACAGUGGGGAGAUUUAUGACAAGAGGAUGAGACCAAAGGCAAAAACGAUGCAAAAUUUUUCGCUGAGCCGCGCACUCAACCGGGUUAGAAAUUUGCCUACUUGGGAUGAGAGCAAACACAGGGAUGAUGCUGAACUAGUGGAGGAAAUUGUUAAGUCUGUUCUCGCUAAACUAGACCGCGCCUUGCCUGUAACUAAAUUUCCUGUUGAAUUAGAAACCCACGUGAAAAAUGUGAUUGAAUUGUUUGAAAAUCAGCCCAACAAAGUCUGUAAGAUAGGGAUAUGGGGAAUGGGAGGAUCUGGUAAAACUACCUUAGCGAAAGCCAUCUACAAUAAAAUUCCUUUUACAUUUGGUGAUAAAAGUUUCAUUCAAGAUAUUAGAAAAGUUUGUCAAACAGAUGGCAGAAGCGGCCUUGUUCAAUUACAAGAGCAACUUCUUUCAGAUGUCCUUAAAUAUGUGAAAAUAGAGAGUGGUGAGAUGGAAAAAACAACUAUCGAGAACCGUCUUUCUGGAAAAAAGUUGUUCAUUGUCCUCGAUGAUGUGAAUGAUAUAGACCAAUUAAAACACCUCUGUGGGAACGGUAUAUGGUUUCUUGCGGGAAGUGUAAUAAUCAUUACCACUAGACAUUUAGACCUGCUUUAUCAACAUAAAGUUGAUUAUGUUUAUGAGAUGGAUGAACUGAACGAAAAUGACUCGGUUGAGCUUUUUAGUUGGCAUGCUUUUAGAGAAGCAAAACCAAGAGAAGACUUCAUUAAACUUGCAAGAUCAACCGUUGCUUAUUGUGGUGGACUACCACUCGCUCUUGAAGUCCUUGGUUCUUAUUUGAGUAAGAGGUCAGAGAAUGAAUGGAGAAGUGUAUUGUCAAAACUAGAAAUAAUUCCCAAUACUCAAAUUCAGAACAUCCUAAGAAUAAGCUUUGACGGCUUAUGUAAUGAAAUGGAAAAGGAUAUAUUUCUUGAUGUAUGUUGUUUCUUUAUUGGGAAAGAGAGAGACUAUGUCACGGAGAUACUAAAUGGCUGUGGACUACAUGCUGAUAUUGGAAUAAAAGUUCUUAUAGAACGUGGACUUGUAAAAAUUGAAAAUAAGAAUAAACUUGCAAUGCAUCAUUUGCUUCGGGACAUGGGACGAGAGAUUGUGCGCCAAACUUCAACAAUGCAACUUGGGAAGCGCAGUAGAUUGUGGCUUCCCAAGGAUGUACUUGAUGUAUUGACAAAGAAUACUGGGACAGAAGCGAUUGUGGGAUUGUCUCUGAACACUAAGUUAACGAACAGUGAUUCCUUCAAAGCUGAUGCUUUUAAGGAAAUGAAGACGUUGAGAUUCUUGCAACUUGAUCAUGUACGGCUAACUGGAGAUUACGGCUAUCUUUCUAAGCAACUGAGAUGUAUCUCCUGGCAAGGAUUUUCUUUAGAGCACAUACCUAACAACUUUUACUUGGAAGGUGCAAUUGUGAUGGAUUUCCAGCACAGUAAUCUCAGACUACUGUGGAAAGAACCCACGGUUUUACCGUGGCUCAAAAUCCUCAAUCUUAGUCAUUCAAAGUACUUGACAGAAACCCCUGACUUUUCAAAAUUACCCAGUCUUGAAAAGCUCAUUCUCAAGCAUUGUGUGAGUUUGGGCAAGGUACACCAAUCGAUUGGAGAUUUACACAAUCUUCUACUAAUAAAUUUGAAAGGCUGUACAAACCUAAGCAAUCUCCCAAGUGAGACAUAUAAGUUGAAAUCCUUGAAAACUCUUAUCCUAUCUGGCUGUCUGAAGAUUGAUAUCUUUAAAGAAGAUAUAAUGCACAUGAAAUCCUUGAAAACUCUAAUUUCUCACAAUACUGCUGUGAAACAAGUUCCCAUCUCAGUUGUAAGCUCAAAAAGCAUUGGAUAUAUACAGGUAGACGAAGGAAAGGGAUUAUCACGUACUGUUCUUCAUUCUAUCAUUUUGUCUUGGAUGUCCCAUACUUUUAAUACCCUGUAUCGUAUGCGUCCGUUUCGUGGCAUUUCACCAUCUCUAGCUUCCAUGAAUGUGGAGCAUAAUGAUUUGGUAGAUCUAGCUCCAAUCCUUAGAACCAUUUUAAAUCUGCGUACUGUUUUAGUGCAAUGUGUCACGGAGUAUCUAAUACUUCAACAAGUAACAGCAAUUUUGGAAGAAGUUCAACAAGUUCGUCGUGUAACUUGGACUACAUCUACACAACUUUCCAACCAUCCAUUCAGUCCAUAUUCGAUUCAAUUUGGAGGUUAUCAAGAAGAAGUCUUCAAUGCUCUCCGCAAAAGCAUUUAUGAUGAGGAAUUGGCAGCCAGACAGACUGGUAAAGUUUUUGUCCCUAGUGACAAUUAUCCUCAUUGGUUGGCUUAUAAGAAUGAGGGACACUCAGUCAAUUUCACCGUGCCUGACAAUUUUCACAUGGAUGGAAUGAUUUUGUGCGUUGAGCAUUUAUCACGCUUGGGAGACCCAACUCAAUAUCUUAUUUGUGUCUUAAUGGUUAAUUACACAAAGUGCACAAUCCAGUUAUUCAAUCGAGAAACACUAACUUCUUUGAAUGAUGUUGAUUGGCACGGCGUGAUAUCACAUAUGGGAUGUGGAGACAAGUUGGAGAUUUUUAUUAUUUUUGAGAAAGGAUUUGAAGUCCAGAAGACAGCUGUCUAUCUAGUGUGUAAUGAUCAAUUGACAGAAGAAAGCAAUUUAACAAGCUGUCUAUCUAGUAUAGGAGGUCACGUCGGCCAGAUAGAUGACAAAGAAUCGGUUGGAGGUGCGGAACCGAUGCUCAGGAUCCAUAUAUGAUAGGAUUGCGUAGGAGUGAAAGGUUAAGGGUAAGAAGAUCAAAGCUAACAGAAGAUUUGGCCAGAUUGAGAUAUAAUUGAAGAGAGGGUAGGGAAUGAGUGGCUUGUAGUCAAGAAGAUUGCACUCAUCCUCUCUCAUUGGGAGUGUCUUCCCUUUCGUUAAGUGUAUUAUGCUUUUCUUUCUUUGUACCUUCUAUGAUCGGUUAUCUUUUUACCAAAUUACUAUAAUUUCUAAUCUAAAUUUAUUAAAAUGAAUAAUAAUUUA